AAUUGUUGACUUACUCAUCAUCUCUGUCUCUCUCUCUCUCUCUCUAUUCUCAAAUGUCUUCGUGAGUCUCUUCGCAAUCCGUCACAUAAAACAAAAUCCCUUUCUUCACUCUCAUCGCAUCUCCCCACACAAUAAAAACCAUAACCAUUCGAAAAGGAAGGAAAAACAAAGAUCUCGAUUGAAUUCGAUUCAUCGAUUCGGAUCUUCGAGACCCUUUAUGUCAAUAUGUCGUUCAAUCGGCUUCUCUUCCCUUGCUUCCUCUUCAUCUCUCUCGUCCUCUCCGGCUUCGCAUCCUCUCAAACUUUACCCAAAGAAGAAGUGGAUGCUUUAAGAGCCAUAGCGACGGCGCUGAAGAAGAAUGAUUGGAAUUUCAGUGUGAAUCCAUGCGACCUCACUUUAUCCGGAGGAUGGAGAGAUCCAACCGCCGGCAAGGAUUUCCUAAACGACGUUACUUGUAACUGCUCCACCGUUUGCCACGUCACCAGCAUAGCUCUCAAGGCACAAAGCCUUCAAGGAACUCUUCCUAAAGAGUUGACGGGACUUCCUUUUCUGCAAGAGAUUGAUCUGACUAGAAACUAUCUCAACGGUUCCAUUCCCCCCGAAUGGGCAUCAUUGCCACUUGUCAACAUAUCACUACUUGGAAACCGGAUAACUGGUCGAAUCCCAAAAGAGAUUGGAAACAUUACAACCCUCGAGAGUUUUGUAGUGGAGUACAACCAGAUUUCAGGGGAGUUACCUCCAGAGCUCGGGAAUCUACCAAACAUUCAAAGACUCUUUGUUAGUUCGAACUAUUUGAGUGGGGACAUUCCAAGUACAUUUGCCAAACUUACUACAUUGACUGAUGUCCGUAUAAGUGACAACCAGUUCACUGGUACUAUACCAGAUUUCAUCCAGAACUGGACAAAUCUUAGCAAACUGGUUAUUCAAGGAAGUGGUUUAGUCGGACCGAUUCCUAGUACCAUUGCUCCUCUUAGGAUGUUAACAGAUUUGAGAAUCAGUGACUUGAAUGGACCCGGAUCUCCAUUUCCCCCACUGAAAAACAUGACAUCGAUGAAGUAUUUGAUUCUUAGGAACUGCAGUCUUACAGGAGAAUUACCUCCGUAUCUUGGACGGUUCACAGCGUUUAAACUCUUAGAUCUUGGCUUUAACAAACUAAGUGGACCAAUCCCGGUAGAGUAUGAAGCUCUUUCGAAUGUAGAUAACUUAUAUUUUACAAGUAACAUGUUAAACGGAGAGGUGCCACGCUGGAUGGCAGACAAAGGAGACAAGAUUGAUAUUACUUACAAUAACUUCUCCAAAGAUUCAAGAACCGCGGGAUGUAUACAGGCCGAUGUGAAUAUGUUUUCAAGCACAAGCCCUUUAGUGGCAAAUAACUACUCAGACGUUUCGUGUCUGAGUACCUACAGUUGUCCUAAACGACCUUUCUAUGGCCUUCAUAUAAACUGUGGUGGAAAUGAAGUAACAAUCAACGAUACUAAGUUUGACUCUGACGCAUCGGAGAAGGUCUUCUAUGAUAGUCAAAACGGUUGGGUUUCUAGUAACACGGAAAAGUUCUUGGAUGAUGAUCGGACUCCCAAAGGAACCUUAUGGACAAAUACGUCAGCGCUUAACACAACAGAUUCUAGACUUUAUACAAAUGCCCGUCUCUCGGCCAGCUCCCUCACUUACUAUGCCUUGUGUCUCGGAGAAGGAAACUACACGGUUAAUCUUCAUUUCGCUGAAAUUGUGUUCAGCGACGACAACACGUACAAAAGUUUGGGACGAAGAUUUUUUGACAUAUACGUCCAGGGUAAGCUUGAGAUUAAGGAUUUCAAUAUUGUAGAUGCGGCAAAAGGUGCUGGAAGAGCUGUGGUUAGGAGUUUCCAGGUCACGAUUACAAACACCAAAAAACUGGAAAUAAGAUUGCAGUGGGCUGGUAAAGGAACUCAAGCUUUGCCUGUAAGAGGUGUGUAUGGUCCUCUCAUAUCGGCUGUGUCGGUAGAUCCAAAUUUCGUUCCACCAAAGGAACCUGGCACUGGAAGUGGUGGAAGCUCUGUUGGUACAGUGGUUGGUGCUGUAAUCGGUUCAACGUUGUUUCUUGUGCUUUUAAUCGGCGGUAUCUUAUGGUGGAAAGGCUGCUUGAGACCCAAGAGUCAGAUGGAGAAAGAUUUCAAGAGCUUGGAUUUCCAGAUUAGUUCCUUCUCGCUGAGACAAAUCAAAGUUGCUACAGACAACUUUGAUCCCGAAAACAAGAUCGGAGAAGGCGGAUUCGGUCCUGUGCACAAGGUCCUCAAGAGACUCAGAUACGACUAGACUGGCCAACGAGGCAGAUGAUCUGCGUCGGGAUAGCGAGAGGACUAGCUUAUCUCCACGAGGAGUCAAGACUCAAGAUUGUGCACAGAGACAUCAAGGCAACUAAUGUCUUGCUGGACAAGGAACUAAACCCUAAGAUUUCGGAUUUUGGUCUUGCUAAGCUUGAUGAAGAAGAAAACACACACAUCAGCACCAAAGUUGCUGGAACAUAGUGAGUUAAUCAAUCAAUCAAUACAAGUUUCAGCUCUGUGAGAUUCCUAAUUAUAACCCCCAAAAAAAAAACCAAAACUUUGUUUAUGCAGCGGAUACAUGGCUCCAGAGUACGCCAUGAGAGGCCAUCUGACAGAUAAAGCAGACGUAUACAGUUUUGGUGUUGUGGCUUUAGAAAUCGUUAACGGGAGAAGCAACACGAGCGCAAGAUCCAAAGGCGAUACUUUCUACCUUCUUGACUGGGUACACGUUCUAAGGGAGCAAAACAAACUGAUGGAAGUAGUAGACGCGAGGCUAGGAACAGACUACAACAGAGAAGAAGCAAUGACGAUGAUCAAUAUCGGGAUCCUCUGCACCAGUCAAGUUCCGUCGGACAGACCGUCGAUGUCGACGGUGGUGAGUAUGCUCGAAGGACAUUCGACGGUGGAUGUUGAGGAGCUUCUAGAGGCUUCGUUCAGCAGAGGAAGCGACAAAGAUGAAGAGAGCGUGAGGGCGAUGAAGAAGCAUUACGCGAUGAUAAGUGGAGAGGAGAUGACGUAUACGACCAAUCAAACUACCACCACCGAGGGACCAUACACGUCGUCUUCUACCUCCACGGCCAACGCCGGCGAUCUUUAUCCUCUUAAGCUUGAUUCUGCUUAUUGGAACACUAGAACUUAAUUAUGUUUGUUUUUGCUACAAAAGAUUACGGAGUAAGUAAUUAUGACUUUUUGUAAAGUCUUUUACAAUUAUUUUAUUUAAGACAAAUUGAAGAUUACGUUUUUGAAACAGAAUAUGAGAUAUAUAUAUCUUAAGAGAAUCAAAAGGUCCAAAAACAAUUUAGAUGAAGUAAUGCGAAUGAAGACAAAACA